UGAGUUGUUGCACCUUUUUUAGGAAAAAAAACCCAAUCACCAAGCAAUUCAGAAAACAAAGAAAGGAUGGCAAAAAUCCACCUAGAGUCUCAGGUUUUUGUUAGUAUUGCUCAAACAAAGAAACUCCAAGAUUGCGAACUCUUCCUCUCCCAUCAGUCUCAUCAUCAUCAUUCCACCCCUUUCCCUUCUUCUUCUUCUUAACAAUAAUAUAUCCAACACACAUAAAUCUUCCCUAAUUUGCUGCUCUAUUUAAUCCCCCCUUUUCUCUCUCUCCAAGUCUCUCUGUCUCUCCACAAAAAAUGGAAAUUCUCUGUAAUAUCAAUCAAUAGUCUAUCAUAAACUUUCUUUUUUUCCUAUCCAUUUACAUUUUAGUCUUCUCUUUGCUGCUUGUUUUCAUCAACAGUCCUAAGUUCUGCAAAAAUUAUAGGAUCAUCCACCACUCUUUCCUGAGGCUUUCCCGUUAUUAGUUCAGAGAGUGCAGAAGUAACCCUAGAAGAAGUACCUGUUUUCAGGAGGAAUAAAGGAGAGAACAGAGAACACACAAUCAUAAACAGCAUAUCAAUUUAUAUAAGAUCCAUCUGAGAAACGAAACAGCCACAAAAUCAUGGAGUCAAUCCCUGAAAUGAACAGCUCCAACUCUGAAAACACCAGCUUCAACAACAUAAGCACUGCCACCAUGACCACCACGACCACCACUACUAUCUCGGCGGCAACUUCAUCAUCACCAUCAUCAUCCACCACUCCUAGCCGCUAUGAGAACCAAAAGCGUCGAGACUGGAACACCUUUGGUCAAUAUCUCAAGAACCAUAGGCCUCCCCUCUCUCUCUCCAGGUGCAGUGGUGCCCAUGUCCUUGAAUUCCUUCGCUAUCUCGACCAAUUUGGCAAGACCAAGGUGCACACUCCAAUCUGCCCCUUUUAUGGUCACCCGAAUCCACCAGCUCCCUGCCCUUGCCCUCUUCGCCAGGCCUGGGGGAGUCUCGACGCUCUUAUCGGGCGCCUCCGGGCAGCCUUCGAGGAAAAUGGAGGCAAACCUGAAGCAAACCCUUUUGGAGCUCGUGCAGUAAGGCUUUACCUUCGUGAGGUUCGUGAUUUGCAGUCCAAAGCGAGAGGGAUUAGCUACGAGAAAAAGAAGCGUAAGCGUCCACCACAGCAGCAAAUCCAAGCUCCGCCGCCACCACCAGGUGCAACUUGAUAUGAGGAAAAAAAAAAAAAAAGAAGAAGAAGAAGAAGAAGAAAAAGCCCUUUCAUCAAGCAGCCUACAAUAUUGCUACUCUCUUCAUAGUCAUUACCUUGUAUGUGGGUACUUUUCUUUUCUUUUUCUUUUGGUACAAGUUAUGGUUUUUUAGUAGCAUAGUUAGGGUUAGCUGUUUUAUUUUUAAAUUUUUUUUUCUGGGUUAUUUCUGUUUGCUAUGUCUGAAGCAAUGGCUAGAUCUGGGGAUACCUUGAAUCUGCUUUUGAUGCAAACAGUGGUAGUAGUAUUACUAUAGUAGUAGUUGGACUAGUGGCAGUGGUACUAGAAAAGUGGUGGAAGAAGUUAUUGUACUUGCAGUUUAUGGUCUUAUGUGGAACUUAGAGAGCAUCUAAUUGCUCAUAGACUUGUAUGUACUUGAAUAUUCAUAUGUAUGCCAAGCCAUAGAUUUGCAUACCA